GGGGGGUCGCCGCAUGAAUUCUCUCACCGGAUCCUCGUCGGUUUUCUCUGCUCCUGCUUCUGUCCUCCUCCUCCUCGCAGAGGGCACUACCCUCCUCCCUGCCACUAAAGACAUUUUGAUCGUCCUCCCCGGUUCCCCCCACCCGGACAUCACCAGCAGCAGCAGCAGCAGCACCCCGUCCUCCUCCUCUUCCUCCUCCUCCUCCUCCUCUGGAACAUGUCGGGACAGUCUUUGACGGACCGGAUCGCCGCCGCGCAGCACAGCAUGACCGGCUCUGCCAUCAGCAAAGCCGUGUGCAAGGCCACGACGCACGAAGUCAGCGGACCCAAGAAGAAACACCUCGACUACCUGAUCCACUGCACCAAUGAGCUGAACGUCAGCAUCCCCCACCUGGCAGACACGCUGCUGGAGCGCACAGCAAGCAACAGCUGGAUUGUGGUUUUCAAAGCACUCAUCACCACACACCACCUCAUGAUGUACGGCAACGAGAGAUUGAUGCAGUACCUCGCCUCCAGAAACACGCUUUUCAACCUCAACAACUUUCUAGAUAAGGCUGCACUACAAGGAUAUAACAUGUCAACCUUCAUCAGACGCUACAGCCGAUACCUGAAUGAAAAAGCCAUGUCCUAUAGACUAGCAGCAGUGGACUUCACCAAGAUGAAGCGAGGGGCAGACGGUGUGAUGCGAACCAUGAACACAGAGAAGCUGAUCAAAACUCUGCCCAUCAUUCAGAACCAGCUCGAUGCGCUGCUUGAUUUUCAGCCGAACUCCAACGAGCUGACCAACGGGGUGAUCAACACGGCUUUUAUGCUGCUGUUUAAAGACUCCAUACGGUUGUUUGCUGCUUACAAUGAAGGCGUCAUCAACAUGUUGGAGAAAUACUUUGACAUGAAGAAGAAUCAGUGCAAAGAAGCACUGGAGAUCUACAAGAACUUCCUCAACAGGAUGACAAAACUGUCCGAGUUUCUGAAAGUGGCAGAGCGAGUUGGGAUAGAUCAGGGCGACAGCCCCGAUCUCACACAGGCUCCCAACACCCUCCUGGAGGCUCUGGAGCAGCAUCUAGCUUCUCUGGAGGGCAGAAAGCUCAAGGACCUGUCUGCUGCCAGCAGAUCCAGUACCUUGUCCAGUGCUGUGUCGUCUCUCUCCAGUGCAGGGAUCUCUCUCAGCCGUAUGGAUGACAAGACAGAGGACAACCGGCUGCAGCAACACAAGGAGGACCACAAAGUGAUUGACAUUCAUACACCCACCGUCUCUCCCAGCACCCACUCAGUGGGCAGUGCCAACAGCAGCGUAGGGGCCACAGAUCUCUUCUCCAACCUACAGAGCGUACCCAUCAACAACUAUGUGCCAAACCUGACCAGUGAGCUGUUUACCCUGCAGCCAAACUUCACCCCCAUCCAGACCACACACACUGUGCACAACAAUAACAAUGCCUGGGGAGGUGACCUGCUAAAGCCAUCUCCACCUACUCAGAUUCACAGUCCAGGAGCUCCUUUGCACUCUGGGAAAAUGCUGCCCAAUGAUUUGGACUCUUCAUUAGCUAAUCUGGUUGGCAACCUGCAGUUUGGGGGUAUGCCAGCUAAAAAGCCAGAGCUCCAGUGGAGCCACCUGGUAGAGAAGAAGCCAACAGGAGGAAGCGGUUGGCAGUCAAAAACAAUGUGUACCAACACCAACUGGGCUCACACAACCCAUCCCAUGGCACCUGCACCAAUGCCCGUCCCUCAGAUGAAUGGGAUGAUCUAUACUGGAUAUGCUCCAGCACCAGUGGCUUUUCCUAUGACGACACCCCAAGUGCCUGUGUAUGGAAUGCUCCCUCCUCAGAUGAGUCAUCAGAUGGGGGGUGUUCCCAUGAUUCCCCCGCAGCCUAUCAUGUACAACCAGCCUGUCCUGAGACCCACCAGUUCAUUUGGACCCAUACCGGGUACACAGAUGCACUUCAUGUAGAGCUGAUGAUGUAACCAUAGCAGCAAAGCUGAAGGGGAAGAGGCAAGAGAAAGAAACGGAGAAAGAGCUGACAGCCAAUGCAAACCCAGAACCAAAUCCAGUGCAGGAGGAAGAAGGCAAAGGGAGGAGAGAGGAACAGGGGAUGGAUAAAAUGCUGAUGUCAAUUUAAUGUCACCUGAUCCUCUGAUUUUCUCUCAUCUCUCCGAGUGGCUACUAAUUUCUGUCUCCAACCUAAGAGUACAGAGCUAUGGCACCAGAGGCUCAGAAUGAGUCCGACCCAUCCUUUGUUUUGCCACGGUGAACGGCACUGACACCUGCGCUGUUGCUUCGAUGGCUGACAGCUACCUGGAAGUUCUUUUUUACUUUCUGACCCCGCCUUGUCCUGAUAAUUUAUUUUAUAAAAAAGCUCGCCCACGUCUCCAUCCCACAACUGAAUCAAGCAAGAAAGACGCAUCUUCCUCUAAAUGGAUCAUUUGCUGGCACUUUAUUCAACGUGAACUUUUGCCAAGGGUGUGUUUCUGUGUAGGUGAUUUUAGCAUCUUGUUGAGACAAGAGUCCUGGUUGUGUCAUCCUUUACUUGAUGUCAGGAGUGGUUUGAAUGAGUGUGAGCGUGCCCCCCUUUUUCUACAUUUCAGCAAAGCUGCAUCAACCUGUUUGUUUCUAUUUAUGGAGGACUAUUUGUUAAUUGCGUACAACAAUGUUUUUGGGAAUGCUUGUGCGAUUGUAAAUGGACGUAACUCUUUAGAGUGUGGACUGUGCGUGUGUGUCUUUUAUUUUGGUACCUGAUGUCAUGAUGAUGAUGUUGCCAGGUACCAAUGUGUUACUGCACUGGAACUAACUGAUGAAAGCACUGAGCCAGAUCCAGCUAUCACAUUUGGAUGUAAACACACCUCUCACACUAACUUUGCUACUUGGGGACAUGCUGUACACAGUGUUUUUCUUUUUAGUUUCCCUUUCUGCAGCUGUGCAAUAUUGUGAAACCUCAGUAACUCUUUUUCAACCAUCUGUAGCCUGUUUAGAAGCUGUUUCUGCUGUAGUGUUGUACUUGAGUGUCCGCAUCAUGUUUCUGUACAAAAUACUUUUUUCCUGGUUGUUUUAUAGCUUUCUGUUACACCUGUACUGAGCUGAAAAAUGCACUAAGAGCCAGACAGAGAAGUGGGUAGAUAUUUAGGUCAUUUUUAGUCUAUCCAAUCAACAACUAGGCAAUUUCUUGUCUAAAAUUAGCCGAGUCUCCUUCACCUCAGAAUAACUGGAUUUGGACAAGCACUGACAGCACGUUCAACCUUUACCUGGAUGACUUUAAAAGAUUGGUAGCAUCGAAAGUUUGUUCAUCUAGUCUAACGAUGUACGGAUGGGACAGCUAAAGGUCAUUGAGAGAAGUCCAGAGAACACCCCGACCAUCAGAAAGCACCUGAGGGAAAUGUCUUUCCACCAUGACCCUGGUAAUGCCUGCUGUGACAGCAUGCAGAUCAAUUCAGACAGCCUGAGACAAGGAGCCUUAAUCAGGCAUUAAAUGUUAAUGUGGAUUUUCUAACAGAUCCAAUGUCAAGUCAGACCCGCAGUCCAAUGAUAGAUAUACAUACAUAUAUAGCACAAACCUUCAAAGAAGGGACAAUGCUCUGCUGCACAAAAACCUUAAAAAUCAUUGCUGGGAUGUACAGUCGAAAGGGGCAAUAAUUGAUUAGGGAUUAAGUCGUUUUCUAUUGAUCGUGUCCGUUCUAUGUACAUGUUCUGUAUGUGUUUGUGUGCACAUGCCUUCGCAUAGAGAUUAACAGGGUCAUGUUCCUCGAUUAGAGAUGGAGGUCUCGAAGCAAGUCGGUAGCGUGUACUAACUUAGCAUUGAGUGUUUUAGUGACAGUGUCUAACUCUGUACAACACAUCAACUUAAGGUGGCUAAAGGAUCAAUCACCUGCUGAACAAUAGAGCCAACGGAAGCUGCAUGAGAUGGGGAUUACAGGAGAAAAAUCUAAUUCAAUCCUUGUUGCAAAUUGUUUAAAAUGUAACAUUGUUCUCUGCAGCUCAGACUCUACGACCAACAGACUUGUUAGAACUCACCACCAAGCAAGCAGACGUUCUGGGUUUGACCUCAGAACGUUCAGCUGUUGCUUCCCUCUUCAUUACUUCAUGUUCCAGAGGUUUGUCUUUCUCCUUCAGCUGAGAGCUUCUUCACUGAGCUCUUCAGCGCUACAACACAACUCAGUACCAUCCUAGGCCAACCUCUGACUGUUACCGUGUCCCUUUUGUAUAUAGGCAAUGCUGUUUCUGUGUUUUUAGACGUUCUCCCUCUGUAAAGUGAUCUCA